AUGAGCGUAAAAGACAAGCAGCAUGCCCAUGGCACCAGGAAACUCGAUAUCGACGAUAUAGACACCCAAUGCGCCUCACAACAAGACAUCGUCCCCAUCCACAGCGGUCAGCUUCAUCGACGUUUAAACUACCGCCAAAUUCAAAUUAUGGCUAUAGGCGGUUCGGUCGGCACUGCUCUCUUCGUCAAUAUCGGGGGUGGCUUAGCAAAGGGUGGACCCUUGAGUCUGCUUCUCGGAUUCACCAUUUACUCCUUAAUUCUGUCCUGCAUCAACAACUGCAUUGCCGAAAUGACCGUCCUACAUCCAACCCCCGGCGGUUUCAUCCGCAUGGCUGGCAAGUGGGUCGACGAGGCUUUCGAGUUCAUGGCAGGGUGGAACUUCUUCAUCUACGAGGCUCUGUUAGUCCCGUUCGAGAUCACCGCCCUGACGAUGACUCUCUCCUUCUGGAGAGAUGACAUCCCUGCAGGUGCCGUGUGUGCUGCGUGUAUCGUUGCGUAUUCUUUACUCAAUGUCUUUGCCGUCAGGGUUUACGGAGAAGUCGAGUUCUGGGGCUCCGGCGGCAAAGUAGUGCUCAUCGCCAUACUCUUCUCGUUUACAUUUGUUGCCAUGGUCGGUGGAAAUCCUCAACAUGAUGCUUUCGGGUUUCGAAAUUGGAAGGAUCCCGGCCCCAUGGCAACAUACUUGAGCUCUGGGGACCUCGGCCGCUUCGAAGGGUUUCUCGGCUCCUUAUGGAUGGGAAGUUUCACGAUCGUUGGUCCAGAUUACGUUGCAUUGAUCGCUGCAGAGGCACAACACCCACGCACCUAUGUCAAGAAAGCCUUCCAGACAAUCUACUGGCGAUUUGGAAUCUUUUUUGUCCUGGCUGCUCUUAGCGUCGGCAUUCUUCUCCCUUACAAUGACCCGACCCUGAUCGCUACGUUUCUGUCGAACGGUAGUUCCGGCGCCAAGUCUGCUGGGUCUCCAUUCAUAAUCGCCAUGCGAAAUAUGCAGAUUUCCAUCCUUCCUGACAUCAUGAAUGCCCUCCUCGUCACGACCAUUUUCUCGGCUGGUAAUACCUACCUCUACUGCUCCAGUCGGAGCUUAUACGCCCUCUCCCUAGACGGCAGGGCACCUCGGAUCCUGCAGAAAUGUACAAAGCAAGGGGUGCCAAUAUAUUGCGUACUGGUUGUGAUACUCUUUCCUCUGCUGUCACUCCUCCAGCUCGGGAACGGAUCAUCACAAGCCUUAACAUGGCUCACGAAUAUUCUGACUGCCGGGGGUCUGAUCAACUACUUCGUCAUGGCGGUCACGUACCUCUUCUUCUACCGCGCUUGCCAAGUCCAAGGUGUCGAUCGCACCACUCUCCCCUACUAUGGACGCUUUCAGCCCUACACUGCAUGGAUCGGAGCAAUCUGCGAGGGAUUAAUUGUGAUAUUCUACGGCUACGAAAGCUUCCGCCCGUGGGAUCUAGGGACCUUUUUCUCGAACUAUACGUUGGUCAUUCUUGCUCCUAUCCUUUACUCUUUUUGGAAGAUUUUGAAACGGACGAAGAUUGUCUCGCCUCGUGAAGCGGACUUGGUGUGGGAGCGGCCAAUCGUUGACAGUUACGAAGCGAGCAUGAUUUCCAAGCCGCAGGGUUUCUGGGCGGAAACGCUGCAAUGGGUUGGGUUAAGAAAGGCGAAACAGGGAAAUGAUUGA